AUGACCCCGAAUCACUCUUUUACGUUGCCAAAUCACAGGCUGAAGGAAGGUGGGUGUGCAGCUGUAGCAGGAGACAGAGGUUCCGAAGCACGGCCCAGCCACGAGAAGAAACCUUCAGGGCAUUCGCUUAUAUUUGGCACCCUUUACCCUGCGUAUUAUUCCUACAAGGCUGUGAAAUCGAAGGACAUUAAAGAAUAUGUCAAAUGGAUGAUGUACUGGAUUAUAUUUGCACUUUUCACCACAGCAGAGACAUUCACCGACAUCUUUCUUUGUUGGUUUCCAUUCUAUUAUGAACUAAAAAUAGCAUUUGUAGCCUGGCUGCUAUCUCCCUACACAAAAGGCUCCAGCCUCCUAUAUAGGAAGUUUGUACAUCCCACGCUGUCUUCAAAAGAAAAGGAAAUCGAUGAUUGCCUGGUCCAAGCAAAAGACCGAAGUUACGAUGCCCUCGUGCACUUCGGGAAGCGGGGCUUGAACGUGGCGGCCACGGCAGCAGUGAUGGCUGCUUCCAAGGGACAGGGUGCCUUAUCGGAGAGACUCCGGAGCUUCAGCAUGCAGGACCUCACCACCAUCAGGGGUGACGGUGCCCCUGCUCCCUCCAGCCCCCCACCACCGGGGUCUGGGCGAGCCAGCGGCAAACACGGCCAGCCCAAGAUGUCCCGGAGCGCUUCUGAGAGCGCUGGCAGCUCAGUGUGUACCUGCUGCUCCACCUGCAGGACCCGGAAAGUGGUUGAGGGAGAUGUGAAUGAGGGUGUUGUGAAGGCUUGGGAGCCCCACCAGGUCCAAAACCCAUUGGCAUUUUCGGACGAGGAGGAGGAAGAUCUGCUGGAUUUCAUGUACAAGUAUAAGACGCCUCGAAAGAUGGAGUUCUCCCUGGAGGCACCGCCUAGAGUUCUUCGAUCCCGCUUUAGGAAGAAAAGUACCUCAUCCUCAGCCACUGAAACCACGUGA